CACGCGUUAUCCGAUUAACUUUACAUCAGUUCGAAACAUUGCAGCGUUAACUCACCAUCAUCGUUCAUCCAAAUAGAACUUCAGUUGCCAGAAAUUUAGAUAUAUUGUUUACUAUAAUACCUUCAGUUUGAACACAUCAUGUAUAAAUUAGUGAACGAAGAGAGGUAUAAAGCGACUUCGGAUGAGGACAUUUUGGCGCUUCGAAAGAUGACGGUCCGUCAGUUGAAACAGAAGUGUCGAGAUGCUAGCUUGAAGGUUUCUGGUACGAAACGUGACAUAAUAAUGCGUCUAUGUGGCCUGGAAGUACGUCAGAGAAAGACAAAAAUGUCAGUGAAGGAAGUUAACGUUUGGCUAGAGAAACAGGGUGUCGUCAACAUCAGAGGCGUCAGCAAAUGUCUUCGAGCAGGAAUGAGGAUGGGUUUUAUUGAUAUCAGUGGGGAUAAUCCUCUGGACAAUGUCGUUGUUUCUGGUGCAUGCUACUAUUGUGGUGACGAUCUAAAAGCGACCAUUCGUGACCUCCUCUACCAACCAGAUUAUGCAGGACACGACUACGAAUGUACUGGCUAUGAUGCGACUGUGAAGUGUCUAAACGAGGAGUGCGAAGUAGCAGGCGUGUACGUUACAGGAAUGUGCCGGAAUUCAGCGGAAAUUGACUCUGGCAAAUCGCACAACCACUGUACCAUUUGUCCGAACUUUGGCACGUGCAUGGGGGACUACCGCGAGGAUCACUGUCGGUCAUGUAGUGAGCAUUUUUAUUCAUGCAGAGGGUUAUUCCGGUGCGAAUGCAAAGGUCCCAAUCCUGAAGUACCUGUUGAUGAGUACACAUUUUGUUGCUGAUGUCUUAAUUGUUUUUUUUCCUAAAAAUUUCUUUUAAAUUUAUUAGAAGUGAUUCAUUUUAAAAGAUGUUAUUGCAUGGUCCAUCUUGUUUAUAUUAUCAUUUUGUUAUGAAUUAUUUUUAAGAGAUAUAUAUGUUAACUUAAGAGUCCGAGGUACUCAGUUAGGUUAAUACAAUGUGUAGUUGUUUUUUUUUACGGAGCCUUUUGUACAGUUGUGGAAUGUUGUCUUGCGUAAAUCAAUUCAUUAAGAGUCCGAGGUACUCAAGAUAUAGUAUCAGUUACUUUAAUACAAUGUGUAGUUGUCUUUUACGGAGCCUUUUGUAAGUUGUGAAAUGUUGGCUUGUGUAAAUAAAUUCAAAAACGAUAAUAAGCUCGUGCUAUAACCGAAUCUGCUCUAUGAGCCACAUUAUGUGUACACAAUGUUAAUAAAUGGACAUAGCAGAUGUUUUUA